GCGACUCCAAUCGUUCCCUUGACGUGGAAGACAAGCGAGGUGGAUGUGGUGCGAGUUAUUUUUCAAACGAUGUCUAUGCAAAGGGCGAGGAGAAUAUUAUUUUCAGUCAGACCAAACGAGAUGGUGAUGAAGUCUCUAUGGCAUUGAUACACAGCAUAGCUUCCGCGACAUUGCAUGGAGGUAUAUCUCAGCAUCAAAGGUAG